AUCCAAACCCGACAAUUAUUUUUAAAAAUAUAGUUUUCUCCUUCCACACUAGUGGAGAGUUUAGGGCACUCAUUUCCCCCAAAAUUGGUUAACAUUCGAAGAUGGCCGUCGCUAAUAUGCAGAGAUUCGCCUCACGAAUCGCACGAAACCCUUCGAUUUUUUCAAUUACUCGAUCCUCCGCAUCCUCAUGUUCAUCCCGCACCGGCUCCGCCAAAGUCGCCGAUCGGAUCGUCAAGCUCUUCGCCGUUGACCCUGAGGGCUGUAAACGGGAGAUUAUUGGACUCUCGGGCCAAACUCUGCUCAAAGCUCUAACCAACCACGGGUUAAUCGACCCGGAUUCACAUCGCCUUGAAGACAUUGAUGCGUGCUCCUCCGAGUGUGAGGUGCACAUUGCUCAAGAAUGGCUCGAGAAGCUUCCAAAAGCUUCUUACGAUGAGCAGUAUGUGCUGAAGAGGAACUCUAGGGCUAGGGUUUUGAACAAGCAUUCUAGGUUGGGUUGUCAGGUGGUCCUCUCACCGGAGCUUCAAGGAAUGGUUGUGGCAAUUCCUGAGCCUAAGCCAUGGGAUAUCCCAUAAAAGGUGAAAAUGAAUAUUUUUCUAUAUCUGUGAACUGGAAUUUUAGUGCUUUGAGCUAAUAAGAUGUGGAACUUAUGGUACUUGAUAGGCAAUUUCUGUCAAAAUUGUCUGAAAGUUGACACCUUUGUUCGUUUUAAAUGAAUACUUUCCCAAUUCCUGUAUGAGUUAUUUUUAAUAUCAAUCUGUCUUUGGUGGU